CACGUCGCCAUCACUUAGAAACACAAGGGCACGGAGCAUCAGCAUCUAGAGCGAAGAAAAAGAGAUGGUGUUAUACAAGAGAAAACCAGUCCCUUUCCCAGAGCCACCAUCGUUGCCAGACGACCUGAACGUCAAAUGUUGGUACAUAGCGUACACUAAAGAAUGGUUCUUGACUUAUGAUGAAUACCUUAAGAGAUUAGAUUACUACAACACCAGGAAGUUCGUGUGCGAGAUCACAGGGAAUUCGUGCUUGACAUUCUUUGAAGCUUAUGAAUCUGAAAAGAAGGAAAUGGAAAUCGUGGAGAAAAACUUCCCAGAACAUUUGAAAGAACCAAUUUUGAGACAUUUACAAUUCAGUACUGUUCCUAGAAUUGAUCAAUUAGUUGACGAUGUUUACACAACUUUCAAGAAUGAUUAUUAUCCGGGAGAAGCUGUUAUGAUUAGACUGAACGACUACAAAAAUGAUUUUAAAACCAGAUGUAUCAUUAGAGAAAAGGCAAAAUUCAAUGCUGUUGUUGAUGCUAAUAAUAAUUACCGUCCAGCUUAUUGUCAAUAUAGAGUUUCAAGAUGUGAUGAUAACGUUGAAGUUGUUGUUGAUGAAAACCAAAUCACUAGAGAUAGAACAAACUUUACGAAAUGGUUUGUUAAGACUUUUAUCAAAUUAUCCGUCUCAAGAUCUCCAAAAAUUGGAGCUCCAUGGAUUGUUAAAUCAAAAUAUGCUUCAAAAUAUAGAAUCCCAACAGAAUUACCCCCAGAAUUGGCGCAUUUCAAGGAAAAACCACCAGCUCCACCUAGAAGAAGAACUCCUCAGCCACUUCGCCCAAAGAAUAGUGCUAAUGGUAAAACUCCUGAAAAGAAAUUUGUUCCUAUCGUUCCAAAUGGUUCUAAACUAAGAAACAUUUUGCCAGCACCAAAUAAGGGUAAACCAACAAUGAUCAAGACAGCUUCACCACCACCACCGAAAAGAACUGUUGAAGAAGAUUUGUCCCAACCUUUAGAUUCUUUAAUCAAGAGACCAAAACCUCAUCAGUUGAAACAACUGGAAGAUUGUGUUCAAGAAGCUUUAGAAAGUUGGACAUUUUUGAAUGUCUACAGAGUUCCAUUACUAUUAGAUACUUUUACAUUUGAUGAUUUCUUAACAGCAAUGAGAUGGAAUUCCACAAAUAAACGGUGUGUUCUACUUGAUGAAAUCUUUUGUGCUGUUUUAUCUUCAUUCAUGGGUGAAAAAAAUCAAGAUUUGUUAGUUACAUUACCUGAAGAAUUUGAUAUGUCUGAUUUUGGUGAAGAUGAAGAAGAACAAGAGGUUAAAAAAGAAGUCAAAACGGAGGAGGAAACCAAUGGCGAUGGACAAUCCGAUACCAAGAAGGAAGAAGGUGAAACCAAAGAAAAUGGAACUAAAGUUGAAGAAGAUGAUAAAGAUAAAAUUGAGGAUAAAGAGGAAAAUGAUGAUGAUGAUGAUGAAUUUGAAGAUGCCGUUGAGGAGCAGCAUAAUGUUGAGAAAUAUCUAGAAUAUAGAGGAAUCUCAUGGCAAGAAAGAUUACAAAAACGUAAUUUCAAAGAUGGAAACUGGCAAAUCAUUUUAGUCGGUGUUUUAGAUUUGGUUAGAGACAUCAAAGAUUACCAAGCUACAAUCAAUGAAACAUUUGAAACUUUAGCUCCAUUAGACACAUCUGUUACUCCAAAUGCUAUUUUGACACAGUUCUUGACAGAAACUUCAGCAAAUUUAAGAAUCAAGAUUUUAAACAUUCUUUGCUCAUUAUUGGUUAAUUCUCCUGCAAUAAGGCAGUAUUUGGAUAAAUGUAUGAGUGAAUCAACUGACUUAAGAAGAGAAAGAUUAGAAAAAUUGAGAGAAUAUAAAAGUGCAUUCGAAAGAGCUCAAAACACCGAUAAAGAAUUGAGAGAAUUAGCUGGUGCUGGAUCCAGUGGAACACCAUCUUCUGAAACUAUUGAAACCAAAAAGAGAAGAAGAAGAACAGGUCUGAGUAAAGAACCAACUGAACAAGAAUUGGCGAUUUCAAAGAUAAAUCCACAAUAUGCAACAUUAUUAGCUGCACGGACUGCACAAUUGAAAAUUUCUGAAGAUUUACGUAUACAAAGAAGAAAUUUGGAAAAGAAAAUUGUUGAAUUGGAUGUUCAAAGAAUUAGAUAUCUUGGUAAAGAUAGAUUAUAUAACAGAUAUUGGUGGUUUGAAAACAAUGGCUUACCAAAUUUAGGUGGUUCUGGUAAGAGCAGUGGUGGUGCAGAUGAAGAUAAUGAUGGUGGUGCAGAUGAAGACGAAGACGAAGAUGAAGACGAUGAAGAUGAUGAAUUUUUGAAUGAAACUUAUUUGAUGGGUAGAUUGUGGAUUCAAGGUCCAACUAAUGAAGAUGCUUUUAUGCAUUUCAAAUUGACUCCAGAAAAAGUUAAGGAAUGGAUAUCAACUAUGGAAUCAGUUUCUGAAGACAAGAUUAAAGGAGAAGAAGUGACCAAAAAUGAUGAAGAUGAAGAAAAGGAUGAAAACGAAACUCAAGAGGAAAUCAAUGAAGUUCCAAAAUUACCAAAGAAUUUUGUUGAAAGUGCUGAAAAAGUUUUCCAACUUACAUUUGAUCAAGAAAAAAGAAACAUCAAAUCUUCAACUGAAAAUCGUACCUUAGUUGAUGAAUAUGGUGCAGCUGCAGAGAAUUUACAACCAAUUCAAAGAAAAAUCAUUGAAGAAAAUCCAGACCCAUUAUUAACCACAAAGCAUUGGAGAUUUUAUGAUAAUGCUAGUGAAAUUGAAGAUUUACUCAAAUGGUUGAAUCCAUGGGGUGAAAGAGAAACAAAGCUAUUGAAAGAAUUGAAUACGGUAAAGGAUCAAAUUUUAUCGAGUGUUCAAUCAAGACGUAAAGCACUCAGAUUAGACUCAAAGAAUCAAGAUGAAGAAGAAUUAACAAGAGAAAUUGGUGAAAUCAUCAUUUCAGAUUCGGAAGAUGAAGAAUCUUCAUCAUCUUCAUCUAGCGAUUCAGAUAUUGAAAUUUUGUCAGGUUCAGACUCUGCAGAACCGGAAUUUUUGGGAGUUGGUGAAGAGGAACAACCAAGAACAAGAAGAUCAAUAGCAGCUGCUGAAAAAAUAGCUGAAGAGAGACAACACGAUGAGAAGAAAAGACACAAGGCUCAACUUCUUGCUAGGUUGGAGAAUAUUAAAGAAGAUAAUGAAGUUCAACGUUGCUUAGAUUGGGUCAAUCAAAGUGUUGUUGAAGCAUUGGGACAUACCCAUUACGAAGGUCCAAAGAGAGCACCACCACCACGCUCAAGAAGAGGAAGAAGAUGA